AUGCCCUCUUUCGCCCAUUCUCUGACCGCUGGCCUGCUUGCUGCUUCAGCUAAGCGCUCUACCAGCAAGCGCGGUGCUGCGUACAAUGAUGCUACCCUGGUGAGCACCCUGACCAACGACGAGGCUGGUACCGUGUCGUGGUCUUACAACUGGGGCAGCUCUAUGGGAGGCGACAUGCCCUCGGGCGUGGAUUACGUCCCUAUGCUCUGGGGCUCCGGCUCUGACUAUGUCGAUGGCUGGACCGACGCGGUGGAGACCGCACUCUCGUCGGGCAGCUCGUACAUCCUGGGCUUCAACGAGCCCGACAUGUCGUCGCAGGCUGACAUGACCGCUGCCACCGCGGCGGAACUCUACGCGGAGUACAUCACCCCCUACGCCAACAGCGCCAAGCUAGUCAGUCCCGCCGUGACCUCUUCCACUAGCAGCGGCGAGGGACUGGACUGGUUCAAGAGCUUCAUGAGCGACUGCUCCAGCUGCAACAUCUCCGCCCUCGCUGUGCACUGGUACGGUGAUUCGGUCGACGAACUCAAGACCUUUGUCAACGAAGCCAUCGAGGCCGCCGCCGAUUACGACAUCUCCGAGGUCUGGCUUACCGAAUUCGGCCUGAGCGCCGACACCAGCGGUGUCUCCGACGCCGACACCACCGUGAGCUUCCUCGAUGAGGCGGUCUCUUGGCUCGAUUCCCAGUCCUCUGUGACACGCUACGCCUUCUUCUACUGCGCCAAUAACUACAUGUUCACCGAUGAUGCCGUCAACUCCGUGGGCGAUGUCUAUGUGUCGAGCUCGUCGUCCUCCACUUCCACCUCUACCUCUUCCUCUUCUGCCUCGUCUACGUCGUCGUCAGCGUCGUCAGCCUCCUCUUCGGCCACUUCUUCGUCGUCCUCUUACGAGUCUUCCUUCUCGGCAUCCAGCUCCUCCUCGUCGGAGUCCUCUUCCUCCGACUCCUUCACAUUCAGUUUGGACUCUAAGAUCGCGCUGUUGCCCCCCGUGCAGCACUCCAACUAG